AUGGAGAUGGAAACGAAAAGGCAAUGGAUGCAAUCAUUUGAUGGAAGGAUUCGCGUGGGCCCAGAGUACCAAGCCAUGAUUCCACCCUUUUGCAAAAACAACUUCCCUUCAUCGCAUCAAAACGAUACAAAUUCACCAAAAGAAAGUACAAACGAAGAACAACCGAGUAAACCAACUUUAAAUAAAUCCCAUAGUGAACCAUCUCAACAGUUAACUGAACCUUAUCAACCAGAUGGUGAACCCUAUCAAUCCUAUGGUGAUCAGUUUGUACAGUCAUAUGCUGAAGAACCUUUGGAUGAUUCUUACGAUGCUGACAUUACUAGUCAUCUGAAAUUUGCAUCGAGGGAGGACGAACCCGCAAACCAAUUCGCAUCAGAUAUCAAGUCGUUAGAAGCUUCCUAUAGCUCAUCAGAUAAAGAGUUUUAA